AUGAAGAUGAAAGUUCAUAUGAGCUUUGAUUCCAAGUGUGUGCAAGUCUAUGUUCCUGAGGACAGUUUCUUGAUGCAGUUGAUAGAACUUGGGAUACAGUCAAACUCAAGUACAAUGGGAAGUAAAGGUCAGGAUGGCUGUAACUCUCCUUCAUGCCCUCACCCGGGGGCACAGGGUGCAUGUGCAUCCCUGACAGAUAUUGCUGUUCAGAAGAAUCUGAUUUCAUGCACACAGAGAGUGGGACCCAUGCUGACUAAAACAUUUCAGAGACCCAUGUUUACUGUAGGGUUCAACAUGUCAAACACAGUCCAAGAAACUUCUACAGUUGGAACUUCUUGUUCUGAAGAUGCUGAUACUAAGCUAUCCUUCUUACCUGAAAAACUAAGGGAAAGACUGCUUCCUUUUCAGAAGAAAGGCAUCUUGUUUGCACUUCAGAGAAGCGGCAGGUGUAUGAUAGCUGAUGAGAUGGGACUGGGGAAGACAAUCCAAGCAAUUGCCAUUUCUUACUACUAUAAAAAGGAAUGGCCUCUCUUAAUAGUAGUCCCUUCAUCUCUGAAGUACCCUUGGAUUGAUGAGAUGGAGAAAUGGAUUCCAGAACUCUGUCCAGAUGAUAUCAGCAUCAUUCAGAACAAAACUGACACUGGGAGAAUAUCGACCAGCAAAGUGUCAGUUUUGGGUUAUGGCCUACUAACUACAGAUGCACAGACUUUAGUAGAUACUUUGUACAAACAAAAUUUCAAGGUAGUUGUGGUUGAUGAGUCUCACUAUAUGAAAUCCAGGAAUGCAACCCGCAGCAAGAUUUUGUUGCCAAUUGUGCAGAAUGCUGCACGAGCAAUUCUUCUUACUGGAACUCCUGCUCUAGGAAGACCUGAAGAGCUUUUCAUGCAGAUUGAGGCACUUUUUCCAAGAAGAUUUGGAACCUGGAAUGAAUAUGCAAAAAAAUACUGCAAUGCUCAUGUCAGGUUUUUUGGUAAAAGAACUCUAUGGGACUGCAGAGGGGCUUCAAACUUAGAUGAAUUACAUCAGUUGUUAAGUAACAUAAUGAUCAGACGCUUGAAGAAUGAAGUUCUAACCCAGUUGCCUCCCAAAAUUAGACAACGCAUUCCAUUUGAUCUCCCAAAAGCUGCUGCUAAGGAACUGAAUACCAGCUUUGAAGAGUGGGAGAAAUUAAUGAGGGCUCCAAAUUCAGAUGUCACUGAAAGCCACUUUGUUCAAGUCAUGGGUCUGAUUACACGCAUGUAUAAGCAAACUGCCAUUGCCAAGGCAGGAGCGGUAAAGGACUAUAUCAAAAUGAUGCUUCAGAAUGACAAACUUAAGUUUCUGGUUUUUGCUCACCACUUAAGCAUGCUCCAAGCUUGUACAGAGGCAGCCAUAGAAAACAAGGCACGUUACAUUCGGAUAGAUGGAAGUGUUCCUUCAGUAGAAAGAAUCCAUCUUGUCCAUCAGUUUCAGAAGGAUCCUGAUACUCGUGUGGCCAUCCUGAGCAUUCAGGCUGCUGGUCAGGGUUUAACUUUUACUGCUGCCACUCACAUCGUGUUUGCUGAAUUAUACUGGGACCCUGGACACAUGAAGCAAGCAGAAGACCGAGCACAUCGAAUUGGACAGUGCAGUUCUGUAAAUAUCCACUACCUUAUUGCAAAAGGAACUUUGGAUCCUCUUAUGUGGGCAAUGUUGAAUCGCAAGGCCAAAGUUACAGGCAGCACAUUGAAUGGUAAGAAGGAGAAAUUGCAGGCUGAAGAAGGUGAUAAGGAGAAGUGGGAUUUCUUGAGUUUUGCUGAAGCCUGGACCCCGAACGAAAGUCUUGAAGAGAUCAAGAAUGAAGUUUUAUUCACUCAUUUUGAAAAAGAAAAACAACAUGACAUUCGUGCCUUCUUUUCACCAAAACCAUCUACUGAGAAAAAACGCAAAAUUGACUCUUGGGAUAAAUCACUGAACUUUACUUUAGGAGAUUCUAAAGUCACACCGGCAAAGGACAUAGAGGAGGGCAGCAGGCAUUUGGAUGCCAGAGAAAUAAUUGAUGUGGAUGCAAUUUGUUAUGAAAAUGGUUGUGAGCCUGAAGCUAAAAGACCAAGAGCUCUAAGUACACCCACCCAAAGCAGCUCUAGUAAGAAAAAGAGAAAAACUUUGCCUGGAAAAACAAACUCUUUGUUUACCAAAGAAACAGAUCAUGGGUUUUCUGGUGACUCUCCAUCUACUUCAAGGGAAAAAUCACCUUUAGCCAAAGCCUGGUGUUGUAGUCUUUGCACUUACACUAAUAAUUUGUUAUUACCUUAUUGUGAAAUCUGUGAAUGUCCUCGUGGCAGUGAUGAUAAAAAGAAUACAAAUCAAAUGAAUGAUCCUCCCUCUACUCUGAGUGAAGGAGAAAAUGCAUCACAGGACUCUAGAAAAAUCAAAGGUAUAGCAGUAUGCAAUGCAGACAAUGAGAGAGAGGAUUUAGUACAAACAGUGACUGAAUCAUCUGAUGAGAUUCGGGGAGAAGUAGCUAAUGCUGUUGAAAAUGGAUCUGAAGAAUGUGAGCAAAAGCCUCAAGAAGGACGUGUUGAUAAUUCAGAUACUUUUCCAGUGUAUGAUGUGCUGAACUUCUGUGCAAGUAGGAAUACAGAUAGAAUUCACCUCUAUACAAAGGAUGGAAAAUCGCUGAACUGUAAUUUUAUUCCAUUGGAUAUAAAAUUGGAUAAUUGGGAGGAUUUACCAGAGAAUUUUCAGCAAAAACAAAAUCGUUCAUUGAUUCAGAGGUUUGUGAGAGAAUGGAGUAGUCUAACAGCCAUGAAGCAGAAAAUUAUCAGAAAAAGCGGCCGUACUAUUUGUAGCCCUAUUCUUGCUGCAGAAGAGAUUUCUAAACAGCAGGCCAGGCUGAGCAGCACCAAAAGAUAUGUGACAAAAGAGGAUGUUGCUGUAGCCUCACUCAGCAAAGCUAACAGCAGUGGGGGCAGCGUAUGCUUGGUCACAAAGGAAGCUGCGUUUUACUUGAAAAAUGAAGGUACUUCUGCUGGGGAAACAAAUGGCCAUUCUACAAAGUUACUUUUAAAAGAUGAGAAAGUUUCCCCUGUUCUUAAUGCAGACUCAGUUCAGGCUGAAGUUAUUGAAGGUCCUGCCUUAUACAAAGGAUAUUUACAGGCUGUAGAUAAUAAAGGAAAUCCACUUUGUCUUAGCUGUCAAAAACCAACAGUUCAUCUCGAUCAACAUUGCAAAUCUAUUGCUUGGGAAACACGAUUUUGUUCUCUUAAAUGCCAGGAAGACUUCUUAAUUCGCUCUAGUCAGAGUUACCUGAGGAGUAAAGUAUUUGAAGUCGAACAUGGUGUUUGUCAGCUUUGCAAUCUCAAUGCCCAGGAACUCUACCUUAGCAUCAAAAAUGCCCCUAAGAGUCAACGUAAGAAUCUUCUGGAGAGUUCUUGGAUGUCUCAGCUUCCAUUAGGACAGUUAAAUGAAAUUAUAACAAACCCAACAGAAGGCCAGUUCUGGCAGGUGGAUCAUAUCAAACCAGUUUAUAGUGGAGGAGGACAGUGCUCUCUGGAAAAUCUUCAAACUCUAUGUACAGUUUGUCAUAAGGAGAGAACUGCUAAACAAGCAAAGGAAAGAAGCCAGAUGAAAAGACAUUCUUUAGCUUCAAAAUAUGGAUCUGAUAUCACAAAAUUUUUUGUAAAGAUGUGAGUAGGAUAUAGCAUCAUAUACUACUGAUGUGAAAUGCAAAUGUGUUUAGUUGUAAUAUUUCAGAACUGUUAUGUAUGUGCACGGGUUUGGUUUGGCACUGAUGCAGAAU